GAGUUUGUGCUAGACUGGGUAGAGAAGGCAACUGUCUCAGUGGUGCUGGUUCCUCCCGGGUGGGGAGUUGGGGUCUCUGAAGGUGAGGACCCUCUGGGGAGAAGGGUGCUUCUCUGAGACGCUUUUCCUCACACCUGUCACUCACCAGCAGGUCCUGGCUCCUGGAACUCCUGGCCACCAUGGGCAUCACCAAGAACCAGUCUGAUGACAUUAAGAAACUGAAUGCCAGAAUGCAUCAGUUGGUAGACGAAUUUACUGUUACAAUGAAACAUGAGGAAUCAGAACCUGAAAAGGUGAAGUCGAGCAUGAAUGAUCUGGAGGACAACUUCAAAGAGUGCAUUUUGGACACUGUGAAUGACUGUUAUAAGGAACAGCACCCCGAGCUCACUCCUCUACUUGAAAAAGAAAGAGAUGCAUUACGGCGCAGAGGCAACAGACCGCCUGCUCUGGAAGUGGAGGAUCCCGAAACCCAGGAGCCCGAGGAGAGCUUUUGUGACAAGGUCCUGAGAUGGUUCCACGCCAUGCUGCAGCGGCUGCAGGCGUGGUGGCAGAAGUUUGUGGCCUGGGUGAAGGAGAUGGUGGCGGCCGUGGUCCAUGCAGCAAAGGCCCUCUGGAAUGUGUUUGAGAGUUUCUGCUGCUCUCUGCCAGAGCUCCUCAGGUCCUUUUUUCAGUACUAAGGAACCCCAUGGAGGGCAUGGAGGAGCUGACAGCCCAGAAGUGCUCUGAACCCCAAUGAAGCUUCCGAUGCCACUUUUGCCCUCCCCCUCACUUCGAACCCACCCUGACCCCUCCCUCAGCUCUGCUGUGCCCUGCCCCCCUCCCACACACCCAGCCCCCCUGCCUGGCGUUCCUGCUGCAGCUCUGACCUGGCACUGUCACGAUGGCGUCUUAAUAAAACGUUCUUAAACUUACCUGGCAGAGGA